ACCCAAUUUCACAUGCUAAGACAAUACCACCACGUUGUCCUUGAGUAUCGAACGCUUAAAUAGGUGUUCUCCCCGUUUUUGUUAUGCGUCACCCCAUAGAUUCCGUCCACCUUUUCAUAGAUUUACUAAGAUUAUAACGACUCAGUUUCGAGGACCAUGAAGCAAGUCAAGCGGUCGGUAGAAACGGUGACGAAUGCCGCCAGUGACGAGGCCAAACAAUUAAAAGAGAGGCUCACCGUGCUGUGGAACGACUUGGAGCACUGGCAACAAGACAACCAUUACAUCCGCAGCGGCUACCGCCCAGCGUCCAACUCCGUCCGCAAAUCCGCUCGUAGCCUCGCCUACAUCCACAACGAGACCGUCAACAUCUACUCGCACCUCCUCGGCUCCAUCGCCGCGAUUGUCGGGUCCGCGUUCCUCUACCGCGAGCUGGCCGCGCGAUACGAGACGGCGUCGCGAGAGGAUGUGUUUGUGUUCGGGUGCUUCUUCCUCGGCGCGGCCAUGUGUCUCACGCUGUCAGCGUGGUUCCAUACCGUGGCGAACCACUCGCCGAACGUGCACCAGUUCUCGAAUAAGUUGGAUUAUUUAGGCAUCGUGUUUUUGAUCUGGGGGAGCUUUAUUCCGAGUAUAUAUUAUGGGUUUCGCGAACAUCCGAGACUGAUCAAGACCUACUGGGUCAUGAUCACAACGAUUAGCGCCUGUUGUGCCGAGGUGGUUAUGUCGCCGAAAUUCGCCUCCUCGAAGUAUCGUCCGCUGCGAGCUACUAUGUUUAUCGCGAUGGGACUUUCAGGAGUGAUUCCGGUUCUGCACGGCACCCGGCUUUACGAACUGAGCCGCAUCGACGAGUUGAUAUCCUUGAGAUGGAUGGCGACGCAGGGAGCCUUGUAUAUCAUCGGAGCUAUUAUCUAUGCGUGUCGUGUUCCGGAGCGGCUAAAACCUGGCCAUUUCGACAUCUGGGGUAGCUCCCACCAAAUCUUCCAUUUCUUCGUCCUGAUCGCAGCGUGCUGCCACCUGGUUGGGGUAAUAAAAGCGUUUGACAGCCUGCACAGGACGGGUCAACAUCCAAAGCUAGAUUUCCUAGGAUGGUCGAUCUCCUGA